GCAUCACCUUCCUGAUGUCACGGUCCUCUUCCAGAACAAAGGACAGACAACAGCAGCAACAAAACAAGGGCCUUGGUCAAAAGGCCAGAACCUCCAGGAGCAUUCUUGCUCCCUGGCCCUCAGCCCCUGGGCUUAACCUGGGGAAAAUGUACAUUUAGAAGAACUCCCCUCCCUCCCUCCCUGCCUUACCUUCCCUCACUCCAAAGAAGUCUUUGGAGAUUGGGAUAAGUGAUCUGAAAGAUCCUACAGACUCUAACUUCUGUGAUCUUGAGAUCUAUGCAGCAGUUCUCUCCCCCCAAAACCCCAAUGCCCUGGGCCACAGCCUAUAAUCUCAUCUCCCAUGAUGGGGAAAGGGGUCAGUUACAUAUUACCUAGCCCCAAACCCCUGAGGGCUGACUCAGCAGCUGAGGUGGGGCUGUUAAAACUGGGAGAAGGCUCCUUGCUUAUCUUCUUUUAAAAAUCACCUUUCCUUUGAGAUCUCUGCCCAGGACCUUCUCAUUUCCAGAGGGAGAUAGAAACACACCAAGAGCACCUGAAUAGCUGAAUAUGAUGGUGCAUGGACAUAAAGGAUUCAAGUUCCGGAACUGGGCGAAGACCUAUGGUUGCCACCCAGAGAUGUACUUUCAGCCCACAUGUGUGGAAGAGGUCAAACAGGUGUUGGACCUAGCCAGGCAGCAAAACAAACGUGUGAAGGCAACUGGGGGAGGCCAUUCACCCUCAGAUAUUGCCUGCACUGAUGGCUUCAUGAUCCAUAUGGGGAAGAUGAACCGAAUCCUCAAGGUAGACAAGGAAAAGUGUCAAGUCACGGUGGAAGCUGGCAUCCUCCUGAUGGACUUGAAUGUGGAGCUGAGGAAGCACGGCCUGGCACUUGCCAACUUGGGAGCCGUGUCAGAUGUCACUGCUGCUGGUGUGAUUGGGACGGGGACCCACAACACGGGAAUCAAGCAUGGCAUUUUGUCGACUCAGGUGGUGGCAUUAUCUCUGCUGACAGCAGCAGGUACGAUAAUCGAGUGCUCGGAGACCAGCAAUGCGGACUUAUUCAAGGCUUCCCUCGUGCACCUUGGCUGCCUCGGCAUCAUCCUCACCGUCACCUUCCAGUGUGUGCCCCAGUUCCAUCUGCAAGAGACCUCCUUUCCUUCCACCCUUAAAGAGGUUCUGGACAAUUUAGACAGCCAUCUCAAGAAAUCUGAAUAUUUCCGAUUCCUUUGGUUUCCCCACAGUGACAACGUCAGUGUCAUCUACCAAGACCACACCAAUAAGCCACCCACCUCGGCGGCCAGCUGGUUCUGGGACUACGCCGUUGGAUUCUACCUUCUGGAGUUCCUGCUCUGGGUCAGCACCUUCCUGCCCGCCCUCGUGCCCUGGAUCAAUCGCUUUUUCUUCUGGCUUCUAUUUGCCAACAAGGUGGAGAGCAGUGAUAUCAGCUACAAGAUUCUCAACUACGAGUGUCGCUUCAAGCAGUAUGUCCAGGACUGGGCCAUCCCCAUUGAAAACACAGCAGAGGCCUUGCUGGACCUGAAGACCAUGCUGGAGAAGAAUCCCAAGGUGGUGGCCCAUUUCCCCGUGGAAGUACGGUUCGUGAAGGGAGAUGACAUCCUACUCAGUCCGUGUUUCCAGAAGGACAGCUGCUACAUGAACAUCAUCAUGUACAGGCCCUAUGGAAAGGAUGUCCCACGCCUAGACUACUGGCUGGCCUACGAGCGCAUCAUGAAGAAGUUUGGAGGAAGGCCCCAUUGGGCCAAGGCACACACCUGCACCCGGAAAGACUUCGAGGAGAUGUAUCCAUCAUUUCAGAAAUUCUGUGCUAUCCAGGAAAAAUUGGACCCCACUGGAAUGUUCCUGAAUGCAUACUUGGAGAAAGUGUUUUACUAAGAAAAGAGAGAAAAUGUAAAAUAAACCUGGCUGCUUGCUCUAAGAUACCCCAACUUUCCACUCCCACCACCUCCUACUACCCCUACUCCUCCUACUAUAUAGCACAGUACUAAACCAAAUCUCAGAUCCACAGAAUUUCAGAUGUUAUCAAUUCCCUUCUAUAGCAUCCCCAAAAGCCUGCUACUCUAUCCAUCUUCUAUCUGACAACCUCCAGGAAUGGGUCCAGAGGCCGCUCAUUCCGUUUCUGGACAAUUCUAACUGUUACGAAGUUUUUCCUUUUAUUGAAUAGAAAUUGCAUUUCUGCAGUUUCCACCCAUUGUUCAUAAUUCUGCCUUCAGGUAGAAAAAGUUUUCCAUUUUCUACUUGACAGUCCUUCAAAUACUUAAAGACAGUCCUCAUGUCCUCUCCAUCUUCUAAACACUAAGUCUUUUCUUCUCCCUGGACCUAACCAUACGAUCAGAGAUUUGGAGUAGGAAGGGACUUUAGAGGUCAUGCAGUCUGACCCCAUACAUCAUUUUAUGGCUGAGGAAACUGGGGCCCAGGAAGGUUAAUGUGACUUGCCCAAGGUUAUAUAGGUGGUAUGUUACAGAGACAGAAUUGGAGCAUGGGUUUCUCUUUCUAAAUCCAAUGUUCUUCCCACUGCAGCAGGUGGCUUCCCAGCCUGUUUCUUCAAAUGGACUGUUAUGGCAUGAACUGUGGCAUCAACAACCAACCAGGUUGCCCUCUAACUUGUCAAUGUCUUUUCCUAAGAUGUGGCACCCUAGAAUGCAGCAUAAGUGACUCAUUAUCCUGAUUAUAUGGUCCCUAAAAGUCAGUAGAGAAAGAUCUCAUACCCAACGCGAACUUCCCUUCUGUGCACAUACACCAGAUGUUUCUGUGCCAGCCAGGCCAGAAUGACCACAAUAUCAGAUCUGCAUUACCAGCAGUGACCUCAUUUCUUUUUAUUAUUGAUGAUAUAAAUCAAAUGUUUCAGAUUAAUUUCUCUCUCCCACCCAAAUAGAAUGAAAGUUCCUUGAGGGCAGGACAGAAAUUAUUUCUCCUCCUCUUUCUCUCCCUC